GAAACCCGUUAUCGCCAGCGUUACUUGGACUUGAUGUUGAAUGGUGAAGUAAGAGAAAUAUUCAAGACUCGAUCAAAAGUUAUCUCAUAUAUAAGGAGGUUUCUUGACAAUCUGGAUUUCAUAGAGGUUGAAACACCAAUGAUGAACAUGAUACCUGGCGGUGCAGCAGCACGCCCAUUUGUUACCUAUCACAAUGACCUAAACAUGAAGCUAUACAUGCGUAUUGCACCCGAACUAUAUCUAAAAGAGCUAGUCGUUGGUGGAUUAGAUCGUGUUUAUGAAAUUGGAAAGCAAUUUAGGAACGAGGGUAUUGACCUUACUCAUAACCCUGAGUUCACCACUUGCGAGUUCUAUAUGGCGUUUGCUGAUUACAAUGACAUAAUGGAGCUGACUGAAAAGAUGUUAAGUGGAAUGGUCAAGGAAUUGACUGGUGGUUAUGUCAUCAAAUAUCAUGCAAAUGGCCUAGAUAAGGAGCCAAUUGAGAUUGAUUUCACUCCACCUUUCAGGAGAAUUGACAUGAUAGAAGAAUUAGAAAAGAUGGCAAACCUGUCCAUACCAAAGGAUUUAGCUGGCGAAGAAGCUAAUAAGUAUUUGAUUGAGGCUUGUGUAAAGUAUGAUGUGAAAUGCCCGCCUCCACAAACAACAACUCGCUUAUUGGAUAAACUGGUGGGUCACUUUCUCGAGGAAACUUGUGUUAAUCCUGCCUUCAUUAUAAAUCAUCCAGAAAUAAUGAGUCCUUUAGCUAAGUGGCACAGGUCGAAGCCUGGCUUGACUGAACGUUUUGAGUUAUUUGUGAACAAGCAUGAGCUGUGCAAUGCGUACACUGAAUUGAAUGAUCCUAUGGUACAACGACAGCGAUUUGCGGAACAACUUAAGGAUCGACAAUCUGGUGAUGAUGAAGCAAUGGCUUUGGAUGAGACAUUUUGUACUGCUCUUGAAUAUGGACUCCCCCCUACUGGUGGUUGGGGACUUGGUAUUGAUCGACUUGCAAUGUUGCUUACAGAUUCCCAAAAUAUAAAGGAAGUAUUGCUCUUCCCUGCCAUGAAACCUCAGGAUGAGCCAUCAUCAACUGCACCAGCUAAAGGACGAAGUUUUUAGGACUGGCAAUCAGACUAGGUCUGUGUGUUCUAUACUUCUAUCAUCUGUUGGUACUCAACCGGUGGCGCUUAGCCAAAGUCACGAUAACAUCAGUUGCUUGAUUACAGCAAUAAUCUCAAAAAGUGAUCAAAUUAUGGCACUUUAAUCUUGACACAUAAUGAAGUUACUUUCAUUUGUCUUGUAAAUUUGCAGCUGCAGCGUAAAAUCACUAACAUGGAAACACUUCGGGCAGAUGCUUUGUGAUUAGUUCAGACAACUUCUUGAUUUCUUCGUAAAUUACUUAGAAUACAUCUCCAAUUUUGUUACUUUCUUGGAUUAGUUUUUUUAAUUUAUAUUAACUUUCUUGGAAUAGUAAUUCAGAUUCCAGCAUGUUGCAACGGAAUCGACAAUGAAGUAUUAACAGCGUGUUAUUGAGGUUUUUAUUUACAUGUGCCAUUUUCCA